CGCAAGGCACGGGUUACGGGGCGUGGGACGGAGCUAUGGAGUACUCGGUACUCCCAAGGUUUAUAACCCCUCUGAUGAGCCGGUUGAGUGGCAACGGCGAAAAAGCUUUUAGGGGAGCCACACCCCUCCUGCGGCGUUAUUCCUUCCAUGAAGUUCGACCGAGCUCCCAUCGGCACCGCGUCGACCUCAUCGUGGGUGGCCACAUAGCCAAAGCGGAGGAGAAGAAGGCGAACCUGAAAAAGGAAAGGGAAGGGAUAUUGGGGAGGACCACUAGAUUGGAGGAGACCCUCAAGAAGAUUUGGGAGGUUGGGAAGGAUCCUGAGGUAGAAGAGGAAAAGGCUGAAAACGAUGGGUAUGAUCGGGCACUUAUGGGGAUAAUGGGGGAGGAGGAGGAGGAACUCAGGCAGCUCCUAGAUAACCAGCCCCUGCCCCCGCCUCCACCGGGAGGAGCUGGGCAGGGAGCAAGCCGGAACAGGAGUAACGGAUUCGUCCCCAUUGGCUCUGCGCAGUGGCUUGAGAGUAUGAUGGGGCAACAGCAGGAUAGGGGAUGGGUGGGGAAUGGGUUUAAUAACCUGGCUCCGAUCAACGUCAAAGGUUGGAAAUUCCUAGCUGACCUGUCGAAGAACGAAGUCGAGGAAUGUCGAAGGAAGGCACUGGCAGGAACGCUGGACUAUGCUAACGCUACCCCACACUUCGGUGACAAACUCACCUUCCCCACCCUAAGUGUGCUCGACCCUACCAAAUGUGUGUUUGCUAACCCAGUGGUUAUGCAGAAGUUGAUCUCAUCAUUUCUUAGCCUGGAUCUGAGGAACCUCCGCAGAGUAUGGAAUGUGGGCCACCCAUACCUCAAGUGCAGAUGCGGAUACAGGAAUUCCCACACCUGCAAUGGUGGACCUAUCUGGUUUGAUCAAGCGAUUUGGUACCUGAUGGCGAAACCGGAGAUCUUGAAACCAGAGGCGGGAUCGAACCGAGUUAGGAUUGCGUUCCUCCUCCACCACUUACAUACCUCCUGGAGGGAAUUAGCUAAAGCCUCUGUUACAUUCAUCUGGAUGAGGGAGAUGAUGCUCACAGUGUUGCGCAAUCUUGAGCGCAAUCCUGGGCUCAUGACAGCUGAUGCUCUUGCAGGCAGCACCUUCAAAAUACAUGCCUGCCCCAGGAUCUUGGCCAACCUGAUCCUUCCUACACGGAUCACCCCGGGGCUCCCCGCCCCGGAGAUACCAAACCCGAAGAAGAAGAAAAACAGGUCGCCCAUUGGUGUGAGAAACAAGAAGGCUAAGGGGAGUUUCUGGGGAGGGGGCAUUCCUUGGAAAGCAGACUGGGCUGCUCAGGCCGGUGGUGAGAACAACUAUGAGGACGUAGCUUCAUCAAUAGAUGCUACGCUGGACUAUGGCGGAGAUUCUGGAGGCAGCUGCUUUUAUGGAUUCGGCGGGCUAUUUGGCCCAGGAUCAGACUUCUGGGGGAGGAUUGUGAAGAUCGGAGAUACCCUGUACGCGGAGCCAGAACCAGAUGCACCAAGCACGGAUGGAACACUGAUGAUAACUGGUGGGGAUACCACGACUACUCGGAACGAUGGUGGAACAGCGGGAGGAAGCGCGAUGGAUCAAUCGGUGGAGAUAGCAUACUGCAACAGAGCCGCCUGACCAACGGAAGUAGGCGGGGAGGGGAAGACAGGGAGACCAUCCCUCCUAAAUGAACUAAUACACGCAAU